AUGUGUACCUGACAGAUAUGGAGUACAGACAGAUAUCUCUUUCCUAAUUGCAGCAAACCUUGGUUAAUCACCUGCAUUCAGCACAAUGCUAAGAAUAAAGCCAAGAGUAACAAUGCAUUCCAGGGUGUUAUUUUUUCUGAUUGGAGCUGCAUACAUCUACCAUAUGGUGCUUGCAUAUGAUGAAGAAGUCAUUGCCGAGCUGAUGGUGGAGAGUAAUGUCACUCUGGACACCAACACCAUCUUGUUAAUUUUGAACAAAACAACAGAACUCGAACUUUCAGAUGCUAAGAAAGUGACCAUCACAGGAAGAGAACUGAUAGCAGAGUGCUUGAUUACUGGAGAUGAAACCAGUUGCAAUUGCUCUGUGGGAUACAUUUGGAGCAAUGACGUUUGCUACAGCUCCAGUGACACGUGUUGCCGUGAAGAAACUUGCAAGAAAAAUGUGUCCCAUAUCGUACCACUCUGCAUUCCCAAAGUUAUCGUUUACAUCAACGGAUCAGUUACAUUAAAUGUAUCCACCUGGGAUGACACCAAAACUGCACAGCUGAAAAGCGCCUUUGAAAAACUGAACGGCUUUGAUCACCUGAACGUAACUGGUCAGAGGCUAAGUGACAGCAUUGCUGAUUUUGAGGCAGCACUCAGUGUCAAAUUUACCACUUCUAAAGUUCAAGAAGUAGUGACUGCUCUGGAAACAACACUUCAAGCUUCAGUAAAGGUCGACACUGUGGGAAUGGUCACCAUAGAGGCCCCAGAUGGUACAGUGUGCUAUGAGUCCAGUCCAACACUGACAUGCAGAUCUCCAGAGGAAACGACAGACGCUGCCUGGUUCGUGAACAAGCAGUUUGAGCGCUCUCAGCUCAACCCAGGCAGUGUAGUUAAACUGAACACCGACUGUAACAAAGCAGAAGACAAAUCUUGCAUUGCAGUUACACUGCAGAAGGUGACAGGCAUCUGGGCAGGCACAUAUGAGUGUGGAUUCUCUAGUGGGUCAGUGAGGCACACAGCCAAAGCAGAAUUGAAGGUGGCACUCCUCCCUGAUCAGAUCAGCCUGAAUAUCAACCCUCUCACUAUAGACUGCACUGAAAAUGAUCGCAGUGACCUUAAAGUCACUGCCACCAUCCCAAACAGCACAGAGAACUUUACAGUUCGGUGGAAGUACAGGGAUAGGAUUCCUACUGAAGACAAUAUAAAAAAACUAACUGAAGGAUAUAACCUGGCAUAUGAAUUCACUGUUCAAAUAGAUUGCACAAAAAGCGAUGACCCACAAUAUGUUUGUGUCACUUUUGAAAACGCACAGAAUCAGAACAAAAGUGCAAGAGUGGACAUCCCUGUCAUUUAUGAGGGUGAACAAUUUUGUGAAAAAGAAACCAUAAAUGGAGAGAUAUGGCCCAAAAGCCCAUCUGGAGACACGGUGAUAAAUCGAACAUGUCCGGUGGGCAGGAUCGGCUUUAAGUCACGCACUUGUAUUGGCAAAACCUGGGGGGAAGUGUUCCCCUCCUGUAUAAGCGAAGAGUUGAACAAAAUUUCAAAUACUGCAGACAACUUCCUGAAGGGACUUGGGGCUACCCAGGAGGUGGCCAGGGAUAUAUUUCAAGGACUUAAAAACAGCUCUACUGCUGAUUCUGAAUCCGGUGAUACUACUGCUGACAUCGGUGCUUCUAUCAACAUUCUUAAUGUGAUGGCCAAUGCAUCACAAAAUAUAGUCUUGAAUGAUGAUGUGUUCCCUGAUCUUGUUAACGCAGCAAGCAAUAUGUUGAACAAGACCUGGAAUGGGGUUAACCAGUCUAUUGUUAAUUCCAUGUCAUCAAGUUACCUUCAGUCUGUGGAGGGUCUGGUGAAGAAUAUCAAUGUCAACAGGAGCAAUGGACAACACAGUGACAAUUUGGACCUGAAAUUCUGCACAAGUAGUAACUGUAAUGUGACCGUGUUUGACGUAGGCGUGAAUCUCAACAAGACUACCGGAAUGAUGAAAACUGUCUGUAUCAAAAAUUUGAUGGAUAAAUUAAAAAAUGACUAUAGCGGCAGACAAAUGAAGCCCACUAGCUUUGUAAUAUCAGUUACACUAACGGCAAACAAUGAUUCAACAGUAGAAAUUGAACUUAACUUUCCCCAAGAAAAUCAGAGUUAUGAGAAAUCUUUUUGCGUCUUCUGGAACACCACAUUGCAGGACUGGUCAGAUAAAGGAUGCACUCUCAAAACUGGUGAUGGUAACCGCACAGUCUGCCAGUGUGACCACCUGACUGCAUUCUCUGUCCUCAUGUCCAAGGGUGAUAUAUCUGAUAUAUCUAAUGACUUCCUAGAUAUCAUUACCAGUGUGGGCUUGGGUGUGUCUGUCUGCUCCUUACUGAUCUUCCUCAUUGUUGAGUUUUUAGUGUGGUCAGCUGUGGUCAAGUCCAACCUUUCACUUUUCCGCCACACUGCCCUGGUGAACAUCGCCGUGUUCCUCUUACUCGCUAACAGCUGUUUCUUGGCUUCCAGUUCUCCUAAAGAUAUCGACGAAACCUGGUGCCUAGUUUUUACCGUAUGCAAACACCUCUUUUUCUUAGCCAUGUUCAGCUGGAUGCUUUGCAUGAGUGUCAUGCUUGUCCACCAGCUCAUCUUUGUCUUCAGCCCACUGAGGAAAAGAGUCUUCAUGUUCAUUUCCAGCAUUGUCGGCUACAUUUGCCCAAUCCUCAUAGUGGGAUGUAGCUAUGUGUAUUGCAAAUACACAAAGAAGGAUUACUAUUCACGAGACACAUGCUGGCUAGUUUAUGAUGGACUCUUGGAAGGCUCCAUACAUGCUUUCAUUCUCCCUGUUGGAACUGUUAUUUUGACAAAUGUCUUUUCCAUGGUGGUCGUCAUUCUCACUUUGGUGAAGUCCUCUGUCCCUGACGGCAAGACAGAUGACAAGGAGACAAUCAAAAGCAUCAUUAAAGUGGUGGUUUUUCUAACGCCUGUCUUUGGAGUAACAUGGAUUUUUGGCUUCGCUAUGUUCAUCUUAGAUGAUGGUCCCUUCAAAGAUAUUUCCAGUUACAGUUUCACCAUCCUCAAUUCGUUCCAGGGCUUUUUCCUUUUAAUAACAGGAUGUUUUGCAGAGCAAAGGGUUCGAGAGGAAGUGUUAAAGCUCAUAAUGGCAAAAUCAAAAAGCAGCAGUGACAGCACGAAAAAAUUGACUUCAAACACAUGCUCAAAAGACAAAUGAAGGCCGAGGUUGUGAAGACAAAAACAGUGGCGCACAUGUAUGCAGCUCCACUUGUAGCAUACUUGAAAACACAUCUUAGAGUUUGCUUUGUGUUAGAUUAUAGUUCCUAGAUGCUUGCAAAGCUGUGUGUCAAACCAAGUUAAUUGUUAAUUAAAGGUUAUUAGAACACAGAUGUUAUAUUAUCAUAUUUAUUAAUUUCAUAGAAUUAAUAGUAGCAGUAGAUGGAGUACCAGCACUGAUUGUCAUCAUCCUCAGCUGAGGCUAUCAAAUAUUUCACAUUAAAUA